AUGGCUCGCUGGACUUACUAUCUAUUGACUCUGCUGCUGUCAUCCCUGGCAUCUCUUCUCUGGUUAUCAUCAAGUCUGAAGACCUCGACGCCGGUAUUAACCCUCACAUACGGCGCAUGCGAAUGUCAGCGUUCCGACAGAAGCGUCACCCCAACCUCAUCAAAGGACGCGGCCUCUGCAUCCGUUUCUUCCCAAUCACCAACCAUCACACUCGGCCUGCCAGCGCCAGAAUCUGCAUCUCCAUCAUCACAUUCGCCAUACAUUCCCGUGAAACCAUACGACCAACUCCUCCAUUCGCCCUUCCCCUCAAAACUCUGGCAGAAAGCCGGUCCUAAUGGAAUCGAUGAAGCGCGCCAAAAAGACAUCGAGUCCUGGCAAAUCCGAAGCCCCGCUCUGCACCACGAGGUCCUCACAGGCGCCAGUGCUGAUCAAUACGUGCGUGACCAAUAUGCCGACAUCCCCGAUUUCCUCAACCUCUACCUAGCACUGCAAAUGCCCAUGCUGAAACGACCUCACGUGACCUGCCACCAACCUAUCGGCACCUGGAUUCCUGAGAAAUACCGCAACAAGACCAACCUGGUGGUGGGCCUCGAGUUCGACGGAUUGCAGUUCCACAGCUGGACGGUGAUGGAAAAGCCGAAGAGCCGCCACAUCGCUGCGGUGAUCCGCUACAUCGCUAAGGCGCUAAAAGACUCGGCUGGAGAGUACCACAAGACCAUCGCCGGGCUCACGAUGCAAACCAUCAGCGAUUUUGUGGACGUGACAGGCCCACAAGCGAUGACUCUUGCGAUCCUCGAAAGCCUAUCCGUCGAGAUGCGUCAGCCAGUGGGACGGCCGAAUAUCUCGAACUUGCAUGAGCCCGUGCUCCCGCACGACGUUCUGGUCUUACCGAAUGCGGCGUUUGCUGCGCAGCAGGGCGGCUGGUCCAAGGACCGCGGUCCAUAUAUGGUCGAGCACCAUUAUGCCGGGUCCUGGAAGAAUGACAAGGGAGGGGAAACCACUGCGAAGCCAACGGAGGUUAGAGCUUCCACAUUUCCGGAGGACAUUUUAUGA